AUGGCGGACCAAGUCAGUAUCCGAGCCAACGUGGACCUGAUGAUCCUCGACUACCUGCUUGGCCUAACCAUCAGUGGGAUUCUGUGUGUGAUGAGCAAGGAAUGCACAAAUGAAGAUGUGAACUGGCUCGUGGAGUCUGUUCAAAACUUCCGCGGAAUGAUUAUUGUUCACCGAAUCGAACCCCCCUUGCCCUGGGAUUUAGAUAUCAAGCUGGGAAUCUUCGACCUAGUCGACCUAUUUCGCUUCUGGGAGCCCCCCAAGGAUCGCACCCUCACCGACUUCACGCCACUGUCCGAUAUCGCAGUCCAGUUCAUGGACUUUUGCCACUCCGCAAAGGAGAACGUAUCCUGGACCCGCUGGUUCGACCUCGGUGCCCGUUUCAUGGUCCACGCGAUCAUCGAAGAAGCUCCGCGUUUUCCAGAACCUAUCAAAAGACUCCACGAUUGGAAAAAGGACAACAUUGACAUUGAUGCUCACUGGGAGGUCAGCCGUACGACCUUUUUGACGCAAAUCCCGCCUCCAUAUGGUACUGCAGGCCCAGUCAGCGAAGAAAAUCUCGUGGAGAUGUUUCCUCUGUCUGACCUUGCAUCAGAAUUUACCGGGUUCGUCGAGGAUCUCAUGGAAGUACUGGACGCGCCCCUGCUUGUUCAACUGGAACAGGGCCAACUGGAAGGCUUCACGGCAGAGGAGACUCAGCGAAUCCGUGACUACUGCAUGAUUUGA